AUGUUAAGAUCUUUUGCAUCCAAAAACACACUUAAAUGCUUCACCAGAUCAUACUCAGUUAAGUCUGAGUCAACCCUCCUUAAGACUCCAUUGUAUGAAACUCACGUUGAAUUGGGAGCCACAAUGGUUCCAUUUGCAGGCUUUUCAAUGCCGGUUUUGUAUAAGGAUCAAACACAUAUCAAGUCUCACAAUUGGACAAGGACUAAGUGUGGUGUCUUUGAUGUCUCACAUAUGGUGCAGCAUAAAAUUUCCGGUCCAAAUACCACAAGAUUCUUGGAAAAAAUCUGUCCUACUGAUUUCAGUGUCUUGAAACCUUUCCAAUCAAGCUUGAGUGUCUUGCUAAAUAAUGAAGGUGGUGUGGUUGAUGACACUAUAGUUACUAAGCACGAUGAGGACUCGUAUUAUAUUGUCACCAAUGCCGGAUGUAGAGAUCAGGAUCUUGCAUUUUUCAAGGAAGAGCUGGCAAAGUAUGAGGAUGGCUCUGAGAUCAAGCAUUCCACGUUUGGUGGCACUUUAUUGGCAAUCCAAGGACCAAAAUCUCAAGAGAUUGUUUCGAAGUUCACCAAUACCAAGCUAGAUGAUCUAUAUUUCGGUAAUUCUAGAUUUAUUGAUCUCCAAGGUUUUGGAACUGAUGCCAAGUUUCACAUUGCAAGAGGAGGCUACACCGGUGAGGAUGGUUUUGAAAUUUCCAUUCCAGAUGAUAAGGUCGGUGUUGAUUUUUUCAAAGCAUUGUUGGAAUAUGAUGAAAUUGUUAAGCCGAUCGGUUUAGCUGCAAGAGACUCGUUGAGAUUAGAAGCAGGCAUGUGUCUCUACGGCCAUGAACUUAACACCGACAUUACUCCUAUUGAAGCUUCCUUGAAUUGGCUAGUGUCAAAAUCUAGAAGAUCUCCUGAAAAUGCCAACUUUAAUGGUGCUAAUAAAAUCUUGUCUCAAAUAAAUGAUCCAAAAUCUGUCAAAUUUAAAAGAGUUGGCUUAGUCUCCAAGGGUCCAUCACCAAGACACGGUAAUAAAAUUUUCUCAGCUGAAGAUCCUACUAAAGAAAUUGGUGUUAUCUGUUCCGGAUCCCCUUCACCUUCGGUUGGGGGUAAUGUUGCUCAAGCGUUUAUUUACAAACCUUUCCAAAAGAUAGGUACUAAAGUUAAGGUUGAGAUCAGAGGUAAAUUGAGAGAUGCUGAAGUUGCAAAGAUGCCUUUCUAUCCUACAUCCUACUACAGGGGAUGA